AUGGCGGAGACUGCGGGAGAGGCUCACGGCCUCUUGCACAACCUCCUAUCCGAGGUCGUGCCGUAUCCGGUGUUUCAAGUGCUCGCUGGCUUCUCCAACCUCAUCUACCGGUUACUCGGCUCGUCCAACGACCCGUCUUCUUGGACGUCAACGCUGCUGCCACCGCUCAUCACCUUCUUCCUCGCGUACUUUGCGCUGGUUACCGCAUACCGCACCUUGCGCUCCAUGAUCUCGCUCGCGUGGUUCGGCAUCAAGUGGGGCGCCAUCAUUGGCGCGCUCAUCGCCAUCUGGGCAUGGUGGACCGACAAUACGGACGCCAUCAACAGCACAGGCACCGUCCCCGGCCGCGGCGGGUUCCUCAAUCAGCUCAACACGUUUGGCCCGCUCUUCAACAGUCUCUACUCGCAGCUUCCCUCGGGCUCGGCAGCGGGCACGUCUUCGACAAACUCGCGGCGUCGCGCCACAUCGCAGUCACGUAGACGAACGCGGGGAUCGCGCAACGACCAGCGUGCCUUCUCGUUUGAUCCGACCGCCGAUCUUCCCGCCGACUUGGGCGCUGGAUUCGGUGCGUUUGCCGAUAUGUUUGGACGUCCCGAUGGCGGCGCCGACCGCAACGGCGUCGACUUUGGCGCGCUGCUGCGCACGCUCGUGACCGAGGGGCAGAGGCAGGGCAUCGAUGCGCUCUCGGCACUCCGCGCAGCAGGCAAGGUGCAGGACGAGCUGAAGCGCUUCCAGCAAGAUCCCGCAAGCUGGUUCGAGGGCGUGGGCGACAGCUUCCGCACCCAACCACAGGCGCAGGCGCCCAACACACGCGCACGCGCUCAGGCGAGAAGAGCACAGCGCCAGACCGAGCCGGCGGGCAUGGAGGGGGAUUCGUGGUGGUCCAACCUGGCUGCGGGCGUGAACGAGUAUCUGAAGCCGGAGCCUCGUGGACGCACUGGCCGAGCUGCUCGCAAUGCGCAGUGA